CGCUACAAAAGAAUUAUGCUUAAUCCUUCGUACGUGUAACUAGUGAAAUCUGAACGCUAAACUAUCCUCUUCCACUUCCAUAUUCCAUAUGGAUUACUACUCCUAUAGGGCAGAACCUGGUUCUUCUAAUAGGUGAAUCAUGGGCCACGCUGGCCUACUGUAUUGUCACGCCGGUGAUUGAAGAUUUUCGAAAAAAGAAGUGGGCUAAGGAUCCGCGGAGGCCCAUUUUCGUCGGUCCAUGAAAAUGCUAACACUGCCCACCGCCAACGUAACUUUAAUUCCCACCCCCAACUCUUAAACCCUUCCUUUCCAACUUCCAUGAAUGCCCAUUGUUCUAGCUUUUGCUCCUACGCGCAUGGUUCGUCGCCCAGCUCCCGCGCUCCCCGCCAACCUUCUGGGCUCAAACGUCAACCAUUUCUUCUCCUCGCGGCGAUGCCCUUAUGCUCAGACUCUGUAAUUAGGUUCUGCAGGCGUGGCCUUCGCACAUACUCCUCAGUCAUUUUCCCCAAACUUGCUUCUUUCUCUUCUUCCUCUUGUGCGCUGCAAACAAUCGAUGGUGGUGGGGAAGUCGAGUCGACCGUCAGUUCCAGUUACGACGACUUGCAGCGUGGAAUGCGAGGCCACGCUGCUUCAGGCGACCUCCGGCAAGCUCUGUGGACUUGGAAUUUGAUGAGGAACUCCCCCGGUAAGCCAACAGUUAAUGAUUUCAAUGCUUUGGUGCACAGUUAUUUGAAGUGUGGGAAUCGUUUCUCCGAUGUUUUGCUGGAAGUUUGUCUCCGAAUGAUGGAAAGCUCUGAGAUAGCACCGAAUGCCAUUACUUUUAAUUUGAUUGUUAAUGGCCUGGUGGCAGUUGGGAAUUUCAGAGCUGCGUUCUUUGUUCUGGGGCAGAUGUUUACCAGUGGGUUCCUACCAUCGUUUACACUUUUGUCCAGAUGGUUGAAGAAAUGUAUUGAAUCGAAUAGUUUAACGGAUUCCCUAGGUGUUUUUGAUGUUAUGUUGAUGAUGGACUAUGUCCCUACGGAACCAUCUGUCAAUAUGUUGAUUUGUAUGCUUAGCAAGAAUGGAAUGGUAAAGGCAGCAUAUUACGUGUUCUCCUCCCUUCUUGCUAAAGGUUGCUUUUUUGGGGUGUACACUUUGAAUCCGAUUCUUUGGGCGCUGUGUAAGUCUGGUAAGACCUAUACUGCUCUGCAACUGUUUUACUUGAUCAAGAAGACGGGUCUUGGACUCUAUGUUUGCUCUUAUACUGCUUUGGUUUAUGGAUUUUGUAAAGAAGGGUUGUGGGAAGAUGCUUGGUGGUUUGUUGAUGAAAUGCAAGAUAGUGGUUUGAAGCCUAGUCUCGUUACAUACACUGUGUUGGUUAAGUUCCUUUGUGUAAAUGGGAGGGUAGAAGAGGCAUUGAGGUAUCCGAGUUUAAUGGAGACGGAAGGAUGCAGUCCAGACUUACUAGUCUAUAAUAUAAUUCUUCAAGAACUCUCUCACCUGGAUAGAGUGUUUGACAUUACUGUGCUCCUAGAUAUGAUUGUAUCUAAAGGAUACUCUCCUGAUGCUUACACCGUAGCUGUGCUAGGAGGAGGCCUUUUAAAAGCAGGAAGAGUUGGUGACUGUGUUGGAUUUUUGCUGGAUACCAUUUCAGAGGGCUAUCCUAUUGAUGUUGCUGUUUAUAAUAUCUAUCUCCAGUGCUUAUGUAGCCAGAGCAGAACAACUGAAGCAUUGUAUUUGUUAGAAAGAAUGACUGGUGCAGGUUUCAAUCCGAGCAAUGUGUCGUAUAAUAUCAUUCUUAAUGGGUUUUGUAGGGAAAACAAAUUUAGCAAGGCUGUGACACUCUUGAACCAAUUCUUGCCUGAUGUAGUCUCUUUUAAUACAAUUUUGUCUUGGGCUUGCAGACAGAGGAGUUCUGAGAUUGUUGAAUGGAUCUUGUGUCGUAUGCAGAAUGAAGGUAUUACCCAUGAUGUCUUCACAUCAACUUGCCUCAUUCGAUAUUUGUGCAGAGUUGGAAAGGUUUCAGAAUGUUUGAAGCUUUUGGAUAACCUGUUGCUCAAUGGCCCUAAACCAACCAUAGUUACUUUUAAUGUGGCACUGCAUGAGCUUUGCAAUAGUGGUUCGCGUGAAAUAGCUUCCCAAGUCUUUGAAAAGUUCAGCAAUUCUGGAUUUCUGCCCAAUGCUGCCUCAUAUGAUAUUAUGUCGCGAGCUUAUGCCAGGACGCAUGCAACUUUUGCGCCUGUUUCAUUUGUAAAGGGGUAUGGAUGAACUGACUGAAAUUGAGCUUGUUAUACGUGUCACUAUUUAGUGUACUUUUAGCGGGACGGAAGCUCUGAUGUGGAAAAUCUGAUCACAGCUUUGGCAAGUCCAUAACCAUUACUGGGAGUUAUGUUUUGGUGAUGUAAAGUGAAGUAUACUCUGUUGCUGCUGGGUAACAUGGUGAUUGAAGCUUGUGCUAAUGAUGUGAUUCUGAAAUCCCUGAUUAAGUUGGAUGAAGGUCUUCACAAAGCCGUGGACACUUAGAGAAAUUUUACUCAUUAUAAGUCGAGAGAAGAAGACAUAUCAGAAAUACACAGAGAGGAAUUACUCGUUAAAUCUUGCAUGCGUUCAGAUCAUUUUACAUCUUCAUUUGCUGUCAAGCAUGCCCAGCUUUCUGUAGAGAGAAAGCUUCUGCUAAGCUCAAAUAAUCAAGAACUAGGUAUGGAGGUUAUUCAUCCUGAAGAUUUCAUGUCACACAAAAUAUCUGUUUGUUGGUUAAUCUUUUCCUCCUGCAUUGCACUGUUCACCCCUAAUGGAUUGCAUUGUCCACAUGGAAACAGUAUGAAAUCCUCCAACCUGCGGAAGCUUUAAUCUUGUGAUGCGGACCCCCAAUUGACACUUAAAUGGAACCCCAUGGUGUUUGGUCAGUUUUCUCGAGUAGUUAUGGUAUUUUACAUGUUGUUUUAUGGUUAUGCUUGUGUCAGUAAAGCUGCUUUGUUUAGUCUAUCUGACUAUUUGAUGCUGCAGAUAUUGAUGAAAUUGAGAUUGGUUCUUUUCAGAAAGGUAACCCCUGGGCAGAUUCCAUCCAUUGAAGUGUGUGGAUAUGAGAGAAGUGUUGCUGAUGGAUUUGUCUAGCUAUUCAUACUUGCUGGUAAGGAGAGGAAAAUAGUUUCGUGUUAAACGUUGGUAACUAGAUUGGCUAGUGAUCGUUCUAUGAGAAAGGAUCUACUUUGAGUGCUGGGUUUGAUAACAUAGUAUAGUAUGAGAAUUUAUUAAAUCCUUGUCUUGUUCCUGAACCCUUUCAAGUGAAAUUUACUUGAUAUGUAUAUACUUUAUUUAUCAAGUGAAUAUGAGUUUGGAUCCAUGGAUCUAGUGGUAAUGGUGCUCCAUAUUUCAGCAUUUUCCGAAGGAAGUUCUUGCUUGAACCAUACAAGAAACGGAAUGUGAUAAGAUUCUCACAUCAUAAAAUGACAGUUGGCAGGUCACGUUCUUAUUGCUGAAGCCUUGGUUGGCAAAGCGGCCGAUUGCUUCCAUACCUUCUCUUGACCUGGUAAACCUCUCUCUCUCUCUAUCUCUCUAUCUCUCUCUCUCUCUCUCACACACACACACACACACACACAUUAUAGAGGAUGCUGAUGUGGAAUGUAACAGGCUUUCUUGUUAGCAAAAAACUGAACAGACAGUUGGUGGCAUUAAAGUACCGUAGGGUGA